AUGGGUAUCUCCAGAGAUUCACGCCAUAAGCGUUCAGCCACCGGUGCGAAGCGGGCAUACUACCGAAAGAAGAGAGCUUUCGAGAAGGGCCGCCAGCCAGCCAACACCCGUAUCGGUACCAAGAGAAUUCACCUUGUCCGCACCCGUGGUGGAAACCAAAAGUUCCGUGCUCUCCGUCUCGAAUCCGGCAACUUUUCAUGGGGAUCUGAGGGAAUCGCUCGCAAAGUCCGUGUGAUCGUUGUCGCCUACCACCCCUCGAACAACGAACUCGUCCGCACCAACACCCUCACCAAGUCAGCCGUUGUCCAGGUCGACGCAGCUCCUUUCAGACAAUGGUACGAAGCACACUACGGACAGGCUUUGGGCCGAAGACGCCAGACCAAGGCUGCCGAGGUUGAGGAAGCCAAGAAGUCCAAGAGCGUUGAGAAGAAGCAGGCUGCUCGAUUUGCCGCCCACGGAAAGGUCGAGUCAGCUCUCGAAAGGCAGUUUGAGGCUGGUCGUUUGUAUGCGGUUAUUUCUUCCAGACCUGGACAGAGUGGCCGGGUAGAUGGCUACAUUCUUGAGGGUGAAGAGUUGGCUUUCUACCAACGUGCUAUCAGAAAGUAA